AUGGUUCCCUUCCUUACCGCCAAACUCGACCAAGAGCCGCCCUCCCGUACUGCAGAGGAGAGAGCCAUCCUUGAAAUUCUCCGUGACCAGCAGCUAGCGACCGGCCGGCCUUGGCCCGCUGUGCCGGCUGACGACCCCUUCACUACUGCCGAAGUGUAUACUGGGUCUGAUUCGGAAGAGGCCGAGCUUGAAGGGGCAGGCUUCAAUGUUGGUGUGCUGACCUUGGGGUACGCUACGGAAAUAGUUCAAGUCAGACUCACACCACCAGCGACCAUGCAAGAUCUGCUUGAACAAGUGUCCUUGCAACGCGACCCGGUGAUGAGCCGUGUCUUCCCACUGCUCAGGGCAGUGGAGCCGCAACCUUCUGAUGCCUUUGGACUGCUGAUCUCCUUGCCUGGCUGGCCGGGCAGCGAGUGUGUAGCAUGCUACGACCUCACAGAGUGCGAUGGCAGGCUUUUCACAGACUCUGCACCAUCGUCAGCUACCAAAGCAACUUUGAAACGCCUGGCAGCCGUGCCCGAAAAUGCACGGGUAGACGUAUAUGUAGGCACUAGUGCGGUUCCACUAGGUGAAGACGAAGAGGCGGCUAUCAUUGCCGGGGUGUGCAUCUUUUUCGUUCCGCAAUACACGUUGCCAGGACCGUACUUCUGGUUGCCUGACAUGUUACGUUCCGCCGAGGCUUGGGAUACCACAUGCGCACCUCCCACAGCCAUCCAAGGGCCCUUUCUGUGUGCUGUCAGUGAGAGAGGACAUCGGUGUGUCGCCUUUGCCUCGGACGCUGACUACCGAGACGGUGCCGUUCUGGCGAACGCCCUUGACCUGCAGCCUGACGAUCUGUUGCUCCAAACGACACAGCCGCCAGUGCAGGAUGACAUUCUCUCCACCUUUACGCCAGGUGGAUGGAACUUACAUUUGGAGAGGGUCACGCGCCACGGUUCAACCUUUGUACACACACCGGGGCAAGUUGCGUACGCCUCUUUUGUCCCCGACCAGCCUGCUGCAUCCUCAGAUGAAGCACCAGAGAGCGAACCCGGCACAGAUGACACCGAGGUUGUCGGUCAUGACCCAGAGGAGGAGAGCCAGGAUAGCGACUCGGAGGGACUCCGCCAACGGCAGCGGAGCCGGACUCCGCGCCGACAGGUUGAGGCAAUCACCAUGGAACCAGAUGCAGGUUUCACGGCAGCCUUCCUUGUUCUAGUCCCGGAAUACGACCCUGAGUCGGUGUUAGUCACGGGAAGCUAUGCCAUCUGUCUUGCCCUCCCGGCGUGGUGUACCGACACUUUCAUCAUCAUUGAUGCCCUGCGCCUGAAUGGCUCGGUUUACGCUAUUCCUGCACGCGCACAAUGCAACCGAGAUACUCUCUUGGCAUAUGCAGGGUUUGCUCCAUUCUCCACAAUUGAGGUAUAUGUGCCCGAUCGACCUGAGCCACUGUCGGCAGACCAGGAAAUACAGGUCACCACAGGUGACUGUAUUUCUCUUGUGCCGAUCUCGGGGGACCCUUUUGUGGUGACGAGCUUGUCUGACCGCCUGCUUGACAGAACCGGCUGGGAGCACGGCUUUACAACACCUUUUCUGCCAGGCUUCUGGGUGCAUGCGCUCACUGCCGAAGGUCAGGACAGGUUUCGCAUCGAUCCCGAACGUCGGCGCUUCUUGCGACAAGAGGUUCCGCGGCAACUCCAGCUUGACGGCCGUCCCCAUCGGCUGCAGCAAGUCCGUCUUGAUCCCCCAGAUGCCUUUGACUAUGGCAGCCAUGCCGCACUUCUUUUGAUCGUUGACACAGGCCGAUCACGUGCGGGCUCACCUGGGGGCGUGCAGUUGGAGGCCAAGUUUCCAGCGAGGCCAUCGCCUCGAGGUGUCGGGAUCAUUGCCCAGAAGGUAGUGUGCUUACUGUUGAAUUUGUCGAAUGCCCGCCACGACCUGCGCCGAGGAGCGCAGGCGCCACCUCGCAAAUUCCUCGUCUCCAAAGCGGAGGUCUCGCAGAACCUGCCGACGGUUUCGCGGCGGCAACACCACAAGCUGCGGCCCACCGUGAACUACAGCGCGAAGCCUCGCCACUGCCGUCUCUACUUGCUGCAAUGCCCGGCGAUCAGCGUGUCUGUUUUGGACCCACUGACCUUGGAUUCUGUUGGAGGGAGAUACAUCAACUCCUGCGAGUUGGUGUGCUACACUGACGGGUCCUUCUACCCGUCCACUGUUGCGGGUUACCACCAUGGCUUCUGCCAACCCGAGGCCGCCCUUGGUGUCGCUGGUGGCGACAACAAUUUCCAGCCGGAUGGAGCCGCUCAGGCUCUAGCGGAUGCAGCCUUCUUCCACCAGCGUCUCUUCGUGCAUUGUCAGCUUCCUGCCCUCAAUUUGCUCCUCGUCGCACUGCAUGCACCGCAUCGGAGCACGGUAGUUUUGGCCGGCGAUGUCAACUGUGCUGUUGGCAGCUGCACUUCCGACCACAUUGGGGACUGCGGGGCUGAACAGGAAGACGAUCCGGGUGUGUGGUGGCAUCGCAUACUCAAAGCAUAUGUCCUCCCUGAGAUACAUGUGGCCUUGUCCUGUCCCGACCACAUUGCCACAUGUGUGCAUGUGGAACUGCAGCUGGCCAUGCCCACCCGCAGUAAGGACAUCCCCAAGCGUAAAAUCUGCGCCAGCACUCUGCGGGACCCUGCUAAUGCACACAAGGUAGCUGCAGUUAUUGCAGCCACGCCUGCGGUACCUUGGCAGGUAUCCGCACAUGCGCAUGCGGCAAUUGUGGUGUCGCACCUCCAGACCAGCCUUUCCCGUAUUCAGUCCACGGCUGCUCCACGGCCGCACCAUGUGUACAUCACAGACGACACGUGGACACUCCAACGCCUGACUACACGCUGGCGCCGUUCCUUGCACCGGCUUCGCGCGCAACGCCGUUUGCGGGUAAUGGCAGCUCACCUCAUUGCGUGGCGCACUGUAGUGAGCAGGCUACCACCUGACACUGGUCUUGAUAUGGCCACGUGCCCGUGGAUGCUCCGUGCGGAUUUGCAUGAGCUGGUGCACCAGUACCAGCUUAACAGGCUGUGCAAGCAACUACGGCGCGCUUGUAGAGAUGAUAGGGAUAAGUACGUUAGCCAGUUGGCACACCAGGUUGCGUACAGCCCCACAAGCGAGGUCUACCAGGCGCUGCACCGCCUCUUGCAUCAUCGGCGCAAAAAGCCAUACGCACCGGAGCCCCUCCCACAGGUUCGCAACCGCGAAGGCGAUAUUUGUGGAGAGGCAAGCGCCGCCAAGCAAUGCUGGAGGGAUCAUUUUAGUGCCAUGGAAGGCGGCAGAGAGAGCCCUGUGGACAGGCUACCUCACGAUCUCCUUGCCAUAGUUAAUGCCAAGGAUGCUUGGACACCCCCCGAUGAUGUCCACCAGCUACCGAGACCGACCGAUCUGCAGCGUAUGAUGGCAGCUACAAGAAUGGGGAAAGCUCCCGGCCCGGACAUGCUGCCAGGAGAACUCCUUAAGAGUCAUGCCCAACAGUUAGGCCACACCCUGUUCCCCCUCCUGCUUAAAUUAGCGCUUCGGGGAGUCGAAGGAAUAGGCCUGAAGGGUGGACUUGCGGUAAAGUUCUGGAAGGGAAAAGGAUCCCAACAAGACCCGGCGUCAUACCGACAAAUUCUUCUGCUGUCGUCGAUAGCAAAGAGUAUGCAUCAGGCACUGAGGCCGGCUCUGCGCGAUUUGUAUGUGGAAGCCGCCCCGGAGCUACAACUUGGAGGCAAGCCAGGCAAGAGUGUCGUCUACGGUGCACACCUUGUGCGCAGCUUCCUUCGGUGGUCGCGAUCGACCCGCACGCCGUGCUUUGUUUUGUACGCUGACAUUUCAUCGGCCUUCUACUCUGUUGCGAGACAGCUUGUUGCCAAGUCGGCACACCAGACUGCUUCUGCAGAGGGUCUCAGCAUUGCUGGCAUCGACCUCCCAGCUGAAGACUUGGCCCUGCUGAAAGCCCACGCUUCGGAGGCAUCCGCCCUGCACAGGGCCGGAUGUUCGCCAUGGCUUGAGUCCUUGUCGGCACGCCUCACAGAAGGCACAUGGUUCAUCCUCCAGCAGGAUGAUACACCAGUUGUGACCUCCCGUGGUUCCCGCCCAGGCUCAUCCUGGGCGGACUUGCUUUUCGCCUUUGUCGUGCAGCGAGUCUUGCAAAAACGUGAUGCUCUUAUGCAUUCCGCUCACCCUACGUGCCACGUGCCAGCCGUGCCGUGGGACGGAUCUCUCUCCCUUUCGCCUUGUGACGCCUCUGCUGGUGUCCUCCAGGUUGACGAUCUAGUCUGGGCAGAUGACCUCGCUUCCUUGCGCCAAUGUACCACAGCUACCCAACUCCCAGCUGGCCUUGCGACCACUGUCGGUGCUCUAGGCGAUGCUCUAGCAGAGCAUGGAUUCCGGCUUUCAAUGGGGGCUAGCAAAACGGCCGCUAUGGCACAGCCGGCUGGUACGGGUACGAGGAAGGUCAAGCGAGCUCUCUUUUCCCAUCGGGGGCGGAAAGGUGUAAUCGCUGCACUCCGAGAGCAUGCCGCGCCGCUAUCGCUCCCGCUUGUGCCUACAUAUAGGCAUUUGGGAGUGCAGCACGCAAUUGGGGGGGGCAUGAAAGCAGAACUCACAUACCGCAACAGUCAGGCCAGGGGCGCUUUCCAGGAGGGCCGUCGGAAGGUCUUCAAGGCGCCGGGCGUUCCGCUUGAGCGCAAGAUCUACAUACUGCGGUCGUCUGUCCUACCGAAGCUGCUUUUCGGAGCUGGCUCGUGGCCACCUCUGUCCGCGGGUGAAUACGCCCUCUUUGCAGGAUCAUUGUGGACCUUUUAUCGUCAAGUCCUUUGCAUUCCACGCGGGGGCGACCAGCAUUACAGUGCAGCUACGGUUCUGGCCCUCACUCAGUUGCCAGGCCCAGCAGUGACCUUGCAUGCUCAGCGCCUACAGUAUUUGGGGCAGCUGACGCGCACGGGGCCACCGGCGCUGUGGGCGAUGCUGCGGCAAGAUCGGCCGUACGUGGCAGCCUUGCAAUCCUCGACCCGUUGGCUGUAUCGUUGGGUGCAUGCCACUAGUGACCUGCCGGAUCCAGAUGGCUACUGGGACCAAUGGGUUCUUUGCUGCCAAGAAAAAGCCGCGAAAUUCAAAGGCUUGUGCUUGCGUGCCCAGGCUUUGGAAGGCCCGCCGCCCAGGAUCAAACAACGUGCUGGGACGAAGCUUGCAUACCAUGCCGACGGCUCUUUAGCAGCACAGUGGCGUGGUCCUGUCAUGCCCAACGGGCUGCGUCGUCAUCUUGUCUACAGCAGUGCCUGCCUCGGCCGAUGGGGUGCCUUCCAGGCUCACGGUCCUUGUCCCCCAGGGCAACACCCGCAGGCUCCCCCGGUGCGGGUUAGCGGCUCCGCCACCGGGGCCCCACUCCUUGACUUUGAGCCGGGCAUUUCCAUGACCUUGCUGCAGGCCCUUGAGGAAGCCACCUGCGAUGAGGAAGAGCUGUGGGCCCGCGUGGUUGAACACAUUGUGGCCACCAUCCGUGCGACGGUGCAACGCUGGGCGGAGCGCCAUGACGGAGAUGCUAAGGCCGCGGAGGCUGCUGAAAACCUCCAGCUUCUCCUCGAUCCUGAUCUGAUAGGGGAGGAUAAGCGUGUUACGCCCCCGCGGACCAGCUGUCCGGCUGAUGUCGAGCCACAUUGGCCUGAGCUCCCCUCAUUUACCUUGAUGGUCGAGGGCGAACUCCCCUUUCUUGCUGUUGAACCACCUCCCAAGUGGAUUCUCCCUCCUGAUAAUCCGCGAAGCAUGCCUCUCCGGCAAGCCACUGCCUACGCGACAUGGCUUGAACAAACCUGUCUCUGUCUGGCCCGAUGCCUUGAGGGCGGCCCAAGGGCCUCGGGGCGGAUCUGCUGCAGGGGUCUUGAAGAGGGGCUAGGACCAGCUGCCACGUGGCUGCGGGCCAUCGGCUGCAUCUUCAGUACAGAGGGAUGCAGGAUCCUGGGUGGGCGCCUGUGGACGGAGCUUCUGGAAGGGAAGUACAAGUUUUUGGCGUCUGAUACGGCUGCUGAGCAGAUGUUCGAGACCGAGUUGACGGAGGACGGACCCGGAGGCAAUGUUGCGUGGUAUCUCACCAGAGCUCUUGACAGAGGACUUAGUUGUGUCGUGUCGCCACUGCCGCGCUUCGAGCUGAACGCGGUGGAUACCACCGAAGGCACGGCGCUGCACUUUGCGUGCAGCCGAGAGCUGGGGAAUGCGGCCCUGGCCUUGCUGGCCUGCGGUGACUUUGACCUCUCUGUUCCAAAGGUUCGGGAGAGAGAUGGCAGCACGGCUCUGCAUCUGGCGGCAGCCAGCGGCCUUGAAGCUGUGGUGCAGGCUUUGGUGAAUCGCGCUGACUUCGCAGAUUUCAUGGGCACCGUGGACAAAGACGGCUUUACCGCAAUCCACGGCGCUGCUUUUCGAGGCCACUUGGGCUGCAUGCAAGCCUUGCUCCGCUCCCCUUUGGUCUCAGAGGACAUCAUUGCGGCUUCUGGCAGUUUCGAUGUACCUCGACCAAACGGGCACUGGGCGCGUGAAGCUGCCGAGCUCUAUGACAUGAAUACAGCGCUGCACAUGGCUGCAGCAACUGGGCGAGUGGAGAUUUGCCAGCUACUGCUCAUCCAUGGGCCCUCGGCUGCCAACAAGGUCAAUCGCAUGGGUGCCACAGCACUUCACAUGGCCGCCAAAGGCGGCUUCGUCACAACUGUGGAAACUCUGUUGGGAUCAACAUGUUUCAGUGCCGUCAACGCUCGGGAUGCUCGUGGAUUUACGGCGUUGCACUGGGCAGCCCAACAGGUCAACACUGCGAAAGCUGGCACUUCAUAUUGCAAGUCACACAGCAGAAUAUCCGUGUCGGCUGUCAACCGCAACGUGCAAGUCGCGACAAUUUGGUGA